AAGUCAGUCCUUUAUAAAUCUCCCUCUCCAGCCGGCUGCAUUCAGAAUCAGAUGUGCAUGUGUGUGUGUGUGUGCUGGCACAGGGGACCGAACGAACCGAGGAGUGCGUAAACUGAAAAGGACACUGCGUUUGCGUGCUCUGCUCACUUUAACUCAUCACUUACUUACUUUUUCAGUGCGUAAAACAGGUACACGCUUUAUUUAGACAUCAAUUGGAGAUGCGGUUUGCGGAGUAAACGCAAGACUCUUCCAGGACAUAUUUUAGGGGGAAAUUGCGCGGCGCUUUUUUUGGUGAGAGUUUGCGGCGCUCUGAUGCGGUGGAGGUGCGCGCAAAAACCCCGCAGGCGACGCGUCUGUCAUCAACAAGCGCACCAGAAGAGCUUUGAGAAGGAGACACGUUCGAGAGUCAAACCAAUGGCUGUUUUAGCUCUCUGGAGUUGCGUGCGUUUACAGAAAACCGAUCUGGAAUGAAGAUCUCAGCCUUUCUCCAGCACAUAACGGAUCUGACGCGCGCAUCGACUAGAUUCGGAGGUACAACAAUAAUAAUAAUAAACAUACUUUAAGAAAGCUAUUAUAACAGCAUUUCAUCUGCUUAAAAAAAAAACUAAACACAAAAAUGAACUUGUACGUCUUGAGCCUCCUUCUGCUUUUGGAUUUAGCCGCGGUGGCCGUCAGUCUAUCCACUUGCAGCACUCUGGACAUGGACCAGUUCAAGAAGAAGCGCAUCGAGGCCAUCCGCGGGCAGAUACUGAGUAAACUGAAGCUGAGCAGUCCUCCUGAGAUCUACCCCGAGCCCGAGGAGGUGUCCCGGGACAUCAUCGCCAUCUAUAACAGCACACGGGACCUGCUGCAGGAGAAAGCCAACGAGCGCGCGGCCACAUGCGAGAGGCAGCGCAGCGAGGAGGAGUAUUACGCCAAAGAAGUGCACAAGAUAGACAUGCAGCCCUUUUACCCUUCAGAGAAUGUCAUCUUAUCACAACAUUACUACCCAUACUUUCGGAGGCUGAUGUUUGACGUGAGCUCCAUGGAGAAGAACGCCUCAAACCUGGUGAAGGCAGAGCUCAGGAUCUUCAGGCUGCAAAACCCAAAGGCCCGUGUUUCUGAGCAGCGCAUCGAGCUUUACCAGGUUUUAGGGCAUAAAGACCUGGCGUCACCUACUCAGCGAUACAUCAACAGCAAAGUGGUUCGCACCCGGACGGAAGGGGAAUGGCUGUCGUUUGACGUGACGGAGGCUGUCAGCGAGUGGCUGCUACACAGAGACAGAAACAAAGGAUUCAAGAUCAGCCUGCAUUGUCCCUGCUGCACAUUUGUGCCGUCAAAUAAUUACAUCAUCCCCAACAAGAGCGAGGAGCUGGAGACGCGCUUUGCAGGUAUAGACGACAGCUUUGUGAACGGAGGGGAUCUGAAGAUGUUUAAAAAGCGCCGUCACAGCGGUCAGUCUCCACAUUUGCUGCUGAUGCUGCUGCCAUCAUACCGUCUGGAGUCACAGCAUAAGAGCCACAGGCAGAAGCGAGCCCUGGACACCGCUUUCUGCUCCAGGAAUGUGCAGGACAACUGCUGUUUACGCUCGCUCUACAUCGACUUCAAGAAGGAUCUGGGUUGGAGGUGGAUCCAUGAACCCAAAGGGUAUAACGCCAACUUCUGUGCAGGAGCCUGUCCGUAUCUGUGGAGCGCAGACACCCAACACAGCAAUAUCCUUGGCCUUUACAACACCAUUAAUCCAGAAGCAUCUGCAUCUCCUUGCUGUGUGUCUCAGGAUCUGGAACCCCUCACAAUCCUCUACUACAUCGGCAAGACCCCCAAAAUUGAGCAGCUCUCCAACAUGAUUGUCAAGUCUUGCAAGUGCAGCUAGGAACCGAUCUAACUCCACUUCCAUGACUUCCACGCAUUCAGACUGGCAAACACAAUAAUUUAAACCCAAUCACAAACAUGCUGGGCAGGGGGUUGAGAUACAACGGAGUAAUUCCUACAGAAUUAGCUGAGACGUAAAAACACACAUCUGAAAAAUGCGUGUGAACUUUGUGCUGGAAUCGACCCUGUCGGCAUGCGUCACAUCACCCACUCAUCACUCUACGGAUGUGAGUUUGGCAAACACUGGAAGUACGUAAUAGGUGUCUAUAUGUGAAGCAAGCGGAGGAGAAUAUCCCUUGUUCCAUUUAUUUCGAACAAACACUUCUUUCUGUUUUUUAUUGUCAUUGAUGUUGAUUUUGUUUCCAUUAAUAAUUCAGAUAUUGUUUGUUUGACUAUUUGGUAAUAUUUAAAACCCAUGAAAGUGUUCACCAGAGAUGGUGAAGACCUGGAUACUUCUUGCAAAUGUUUGUAGUUGUCGCAAAUGAACUCGUAAGUUUGGCACAAAUAAACCGGGGCUAGAGUUGGCAACAGGAGAUGAAUUAUUCUGGAAAGGUAGAGCAAGGCAUGAUUUAACCACCUUACAUAGUGUAAAAACGCAACAUGCUAUGUUGCUUGUAGCAGCCAAAGACAUUUUGUUCCAAUCAUUUAGGUCAGAAACGUUCUCCACUCACUCAGCUGCAUUCGCGAGUGCCUGGCUAGUAAAAACAUUGCACAAUGUACAGCCUUGCUUUUUCGUGGCUGCAAAAAAAAAAAGAGUUUCCAUCAAAUGCCUGUGCUGGUAAGCUGAAUUUGCAGAUGUAAACAAGUCCACAGCAAGAUUCUCUUUGCUCUGCAAAUAGUCCAUUUGAUACAGAAAGGUGAUGAUUGAAGACGUUUAUGCAAGUGUUCACUGAGAAUGCAAUGUGUUUGUGAUAUUAGUUAGUACAAAACUGAGCUUGCAACUGUUGAAGUCAGAAUUAUUAGCCCCCCUUUUAAUGUAUUUUUGUCCCAAAUGAUGUUUAACAGAGCAAGGAAAUUUUCACAGUAUGUCUGAUAAUAUUUUUUCUUUUGGAGAAAGUCUUAUUUGUUUUAUUUCGGCUAGAAUAAAAGCAGUUUUUAAUUUUUUAAAAGCCAUUUUAAGGUCAAUAUUAUUAGCCCCUUUAAGCUAUAUAUUUUAAUAGUCUCCAGAACAAACCAUCAUUAUACAAUAACUUGCCUAAUUACCCUAACCUGCCUAGUUAACCUAAUUAACCUAGUUAAGCCUUUAAAUGUCACUUUAAGCUGUAUAGAAGUGUCUUGAAGAAUAUCUAGUCUAAUAUUAUUUACUGUCAUCAUGGCAAAGAGAAAAUAAAUCAGUUAUUAGAAAUGCAUUAUUAAAACUAUUAUGAUUAGAAACAUGUGGAAAAAAAAUCUUCUCUCCGUUAAUAAAAAAAUCGGGGGGAAAUAAACAGGGGGGCUAAUAAUUCUGACUUCAACUGUAUAUUUGCAAGUGAAUUAAAACACAUUGUUCUGAUGGAAGUUAAAAAGCGUACAUCUCCCAGAUUCAUCUAGGUGUUUUUUAAUUUAUUGAUUGACACAAAUCAGCUGUAAAGACUCAAAGCAAUCACACACAUUCACACAAAAACUGCAAAAAUAUCAGGUGAAAACAGAAAUCUGUUGGAUAUGAUGUCAAUAUGAACAUGUCAACACUUUCUCACGGCAUUUUGUAACUUUUAUUUAGUGGCUAAUUCAUAUAAAAUCGUACAAUCUCAGUCAUUCAUUUUAUUUUCGGCCUCGUUCCUUUAGUAAUCUGGAGUCGCCACAAUGGAAUGAACCGCCAACUUAUCUGGCAUAUGUUUUAUGCAGCGGAUGCCCUUUCAACUGUAACCCAUCACUGGGAAACAUCUAUACACACUCGUUCACACAUAUACACUACGGACAAUUUAGCAUACCCAAUUCGCAUGUCUUUGGACUAUGGGGGAAACCGGAGCACCCGGAGGAAACCCAAGUAAGCAAGUUUUUCUAUUUGAGUCUCAGCCAUUUACAUGCUUAAUUUUUACAGAAUGCUGAGGGAAACAUUUAGUACAUACAAUCACUGAUCACAUCUUAAGAUGAAACGUAAAUAAACAUACAUACAAUCAGUUGUCAUAAAACAUACAAGCACACAGCAGGUACAAGGUACAGUUGAAGUCAGAAUUAUUAGCCCCCUUUAGAUUUUUUUUCUUUAUUUAAUAUUUCCCAAAUGAUGUUUAAUAGAGCAAGGAAAUUUUCACAGUAUAUCUGAUAAUAUUUUUUCUUCUGGAGAAAGUCUUAUUUGGUUUAU